CGCCAAUCCGCAUUUCACGGCAGUCCACCUCAUCCUCUCUCAGCUCGCAGGUAGCCAUGCACAGCCGCAACCUGCGACUGUCUCGCAUGCAGCCGCCGAUAUGGCGGCUGUCGACUUACAGACAGCACUGGCAUUCUGGCCACGCGGAGCAGCACUGUCCCGAAAUAUUUCCUGGCGAAGUGGCAGUUCUUCGCUCUUCACCUUGCGUGCACUCCUGGGUUUCCAAGGUCACUCUGACUCACUCGGAGACGACGGCCGUCUCCGAGUAAUACGUUACGCUUUCAACACCUCCUUCAAGCCACUCCUUGUUCACGCGAGACACAACUCAAAAGGGUCAACAGAAGCCUUUCAUUCAGAAGGUUUUGUCAAUUCUAAUCCGUCUUCGCUCAGUCGCUAAAUCUGGUGCUCAGGUAUCUUCAAAUCGUGAGGCUACCUACGAGCGUAGUGCGCUCACGUGAGAUUCUUACGAUUGGGAAAUGACGUCUACUUCAAGUCAUGGAGGAUUUCCUUGCGUGUAGCGGUUCGCCCUAUACCGAGUUCCUUUCUCCGCGUGGCGUGCUCACGACGCUCCGCUGCUCCCGAGGCCUCGACCGCGCGGACUCCGUCGAAGCGGCCUUCGAGAUCCCCUCAGUCACGCUGUCCGCGGUAGAAGCAUCCUCGGUGCAUCUGCAGCUUCAGAAGAACCAAGAAAGAGGCGUUGAGGAACAGUUUAUGCUUGAAUGUUUGGACGACGGCGAGCAGAUGGUGCUGGUUACCAGGAAAACGUCGCAGGUCACGACCGUGGUGAACCUAGGGAUUGACGACGACGGCCCUGAGGGUUUCACGAGCACGUCCAACGUGCUCAACGAGUCUGAUACAAGCACAUCCGUUGCAACCGCAACGGCUUUGAGCACGUCAGGUGCAGGGAGGCGAGAAUCAGCGCGAGAGGAGGAGGUUUUAGCCGACGCAUCAGAAACAAAGUCCCGCGAGAGCAGCUACGGUGCUCGCGGUGGUGGUGAUAGCGCUGAUGGCGAAUCCCAAACGAAGUUACAACCAGAUCCGCGAAGGGACUUACAAUCCGAUUCGCAAGCCUCUUCGGAGGUCACUGAACAGCGUCACUCGCGACAGGACCAGGAGCCUCUCCAGGGUUCAAUCGCAGCCGCCAGAUCUCAAGCAACGGCUGCGAUCUCGUCAUUACGUCCAGCUCUACAGGCCGUGAGGAAGAUAUGGAGGAGCGAAGAGGCCAGUGAGAGAGGAAAUGGAGCUGUGGAGCGAAGAGGGUUCCAUGGUGGGGAGGGUGGCUGGAAUGAUGAGGUUGGAGUUAGGGGAGAUGAGGGGGAUGGAGAUGAGGCGUUGGAGGGAGGCGAUGUGGUUCUGAAGCCCAUGAGUGCAGCCAUGAGUAACACGGUGUACGAAUGCGUGUGGCUGCCUCACAGGCAGAGCAGGAUGAUUGAGAUCGAGAAAGACGAGAAGGAUAAGAAGAAAGAAAACGAGAAGGAGAAGGAUUAUUUAGGCGAGAAGAGGGUGUUGGUGCGGCUGUACGGCCCGGCAGCAUCGAUGCUGCUCAAGAGGGAGCACGAGGAGGCAGUCACCCGAGCCAUGUCGGACCUAGGCUUGGGACCGAAGCUGCUGGCCUCGUUCGGCACUGGCAGGGUGGAGCAGUUUCUCCAAGCCAAGCCGUUGACAGCAACGGACAUGAGGCGGCCAGAGACAUCCCAGCAGAUUGCACAGUGCAUGAGGCGCUUCCAUGCGCUGAAGCUUCCUGGAAGCACACCUGAGGAUAUGGUUUCGUGCCUGUGGUCGCGCCUUCGUCGCUGGCUCUCUCUGGCGCAGCUGCUGCACCCGUGGGGGGUGCACGGGGCCAAUCCUCGGCAGCUGGGGGAGAAGAUUCAAAGGCUGGAGGAAGAAGCCGAGCGAAGAUGGGGGGAGAGAGGAGGGGAGGGAGAGGGAGGGGAGGAGAAGGGGUGUGGGCGGUGGUUGGGGCUGUGUCACAUGGAUGUGCAGCAUGGGAACAUUCUGAGGGAGAACGACACGGGGAGAAUCGUACUCAUUUAAGCAAUUUUGUUCACAUGGUAUGGUGCCUGUGUGGAAGGAAUCCGUCCCUUCCAUAUUCCUAUCCUCAACUUUCCGCACCUUCCGAUCGUACCAUCCCCCCUGGCAGCAUCCCACCCAGGGCUACAAAUAUAGUGCCUUGGGGCAUUGGAGUGGUACAGUGGUUGCGCGCAUGUGGCAUUGGGCAUCACGCACCAAUUGUCUUGUCGCCUUCAUCCUCGCUUCCUAUCAGCUUCCCCUGCCUUCCCAUCCUACCAUCUCGUUUCGAGGUGACUUUUGAGUCGACUCAAAAGUCUCCUCGCUUCCUAUCAGCUUCCCCUGCCUUCCCAUCCUACCAUCUCGUUUCGAGGGGACUUUUGAGUCGACUCAAAAGUCUCCUCGCUUCCUAUCAGCUUCCCCUGCCUUCCCAUCCUACCAUCUCGUUUCGAGGUGACUUUUGAGUCGACUCAAAAGUCUCCUCGCUUCCUAUCAGCUUCCCCUGCCUUCCCAUCCUACCAUCUCGUUUCGCCCCCCCUUCCCACCCUCCCUUUCCCACCAUCCCAGAACUACGAGCACAGUGGCUGACGUACACGUGGCAUUUGACAUCUCCAACCAGUAUUGCCCUAUUUUCUCCUCGAUCCACUCACUUUCCCGCGGCCCACUCACUUUCCGGCGCUCCACUCACUUUCCCGCGGCCCACUCACUUUCCGGCACUCCACUCACUUUCUCACGCUCCACUCACUUUCCCACGCUUCACUCAUUUUCCCACGCUCCACUCACUUUCCGGCGCUCCACUCACUUUCCCACGCUCCACUCACUUUCCUGCGGCCCACUCAUCCUUCCAACCGAUCCUGUUACCUUCUCAGCAUCCCAGGACUACGGCAACAUUGGCUAUGCUCAGCUCACUUGUGUCCGUUGCAUUCUCCAUCCUUUUCUAUUCCGUCAUCCUUUCUACUCCCCCUCGCACAUCCCCAUCGCCACUAUCCCACUAUCCCAGGACUACGAGUACGGACUACGAGUACAGUGGCUAUGCCCACGUGGCGUUUGACAUGGCCAACCACUUCUGUGAGAUGGCAGCCGACUAUGACAGCCCUCAGCCUCACCUCCUGGACUACAGCAGCUGAGGACGAGCAGCGGUGGUUCAUCGACAGCUAUCUCGCCACCAGGCCUUCCCAUACCUGUCCCAACCUCUGCUUUGAUGCUGAAAGCAGCUCCAGCUACAGUGGUCUCCCCCUUACAAGCAGCCUUGAUGCCAGUGACGCGGAGGGGCUUAUGCAAGCUGUGGAUGUGUUUCUUCCAGUAUGCCAUCUGCAUUGGUUCCUCUGGGGCAUCAUUUCGGCGGCAGUCUCAGAUGCUGGUUUUGACUACAUGGCGUAUGCACAACAGCGGCUGCAUGAAUUUUGGAAGUGCAUGGGUCACUUUGAAGCUGUCUUUGCAGCUUUGUUCUGAUGGGCUCCUCAGUAGCAUAGCUGUGUGCAUGUUGACAUUGACGCAUUGUAAUGAUUGGAUGGAUGCCUAGUUGUAUUCGAAGGUAAUACAUUGGUAGAGAGUUCCUUCUUGCUGUU